UCUCCUGUGUUGUCUAUUAGGGAACACAACGUGGGAUAUAAUUUACACAUGUUGUUUAAUGCAUGCGCAUCAAAUUUCAGGAUUUCUUGUAAGACAUAUUUUUGGUGUAUUUGUAACAGUAUAUCUGGAUAUUGAAUAGAGAAUUGUAAAUACAACACAUUGUGAUUUCAUGUAACUGUAUAUAAGUUUUACAUGACAAGUUCACUAUUCAUAGUGAUUUUCAUUGUGGGUAGCGUAUAUUUGUCAGGCGAAUUUUCUACUAUAUUUAUGUAUAUUCUUGUGGAUUAUAUACUAUGUGUAUUGCUGAAUAAGAAGAAUUGUUUCAGUAAGAGUGACAAAUACUGUGUCCUUUGAAAGUAUCCUAUUGGUACCUGACACACUCAUUGAGUUGAGAAACCGUUCAGCUUAUGGAUGUAAAUUUCUGAUCGAAGACGAUAACUGAGACGAUAACUGGUGGAGCGAUACAGCAACUCUCUCUAUAACCAGUGAGACUUCUAAGCAUUAUACAGUUAGUGAAUUAACUUGCGUGAUAUAUCCACAACCAAGCAAUAUAUCGAUAAAACGACUACUACAAGUGAUUCGGUCUUCAACAUUUGACGCUUGCUUGCUUCUGUCGUGCCAUUGACAGUCGGGAUUUUGAGAUAUCAACAAAUAGAACAAUUUAGAAGUUAUUAACAAGUUACGAUUCCGUGAAUGUAAUGGUUGCUGGAGUAUCUGUCUAGCUAUUAAAUGGUUGAAGCUACUCGACUCGUAAUAGUUUCAUUGACCUGAUCGCGUUUUAAUAUAUUUCAGGUAAAUAAAACACCUAGUCCAAAAUUUCAAAAACGAAUGGAAUUUUAAUUUCUCUUGAAAUGUAGGACUGAAUUAUCGAAGUGACACUGUGAAUGAAUUCAGGGAACACAUCAGCUGUCUACUUGAACAUAUAUGGUUCUUUUGUCUCUAAAACAAUUGAUGCAUUAAGCUAUUCCCCCGACGAGAUGUUCGCAAUUUAUCUCGUGUAUUGAGUUGUAUGAUUGCAUUAUGAAUACCAUAUUCAAAACAGGCUUCUUUAAAAUCGAAGAGCAGCCGCAGGAAAGCGUGACUUUGUAAAAUAUUUAAAAUAUAUUAUUUUUAAGAAGUAGUAGUGGAUGAACGCAAGAACUAGACAUUGAAAUAUCAGGCAGUGGCCACCAGCGAAAACACAACGGAACUGUUUUCUAUAUGAUUCAUUAACGAUGCACUGGAUGAAUUUUAUUGAACUAAACAUAUGUUAUUUCGAGUGGAGACGGUCAAUAUAUAAUUUUGUGUUCUUCAAACCGAAUCCAUAGUAAGUUCGAACGAAUUGUUUACUGUGUUUACCGAAUAAAAGAAAGCGGAAUCGAUCUUCUACAUUAUAUUAUGCAUGAUAAUACGGAUAGUGAUAAGUUGAAGAUUUAGGAUGGGAUAUAAAAAGAUAAAGGAUUAGUAAAACUGGAGUCAAUCAGAUUGAUCAUUGGUGUUCAAUUACUACGUCCAUCAGUUCCCGGUUACCAAGAAUCUACAUCUGUAUUUCCUCGUAUUUAUAUAUUUAUGGCAAUUCACACCUGGAAUAUUACUAUAUAUACGUGAUAUUUAAUUACCUAUGAUUAUAUAUAUCGUAAUAUUAUCAACCAUUAAUAUGACUAGGUUAUACAAGACGCAUAUUGGUCAUAGUUAUUAAUAUUAUAUCGUAGGUACAGAUUUAAUAUUCUGUAAUUGAAACGAUAUUGGUAGAAGACAUUUUAGUAGGAUAUUUAAACACAAAACAACAUUCCAAGGGUUUUUUUCUGGAUAUCAAGACAACGUUGCAAGGAAAAAUAACUUUGAUUCUGUGGAUUAAUAUUAGCAGAUGGAGAAGAAUUAUUGAACAUUAAAAUGAACCGCUGGCUGGACUUUCCGUUUAUAUUCGGACUGUUGGAUCUCAUCUUGUGUACUUUAGCUUUCAAAGAAAAAUCUAAUCCGUCCAUACAACUUCUUCAGCCUAGUUUCCGGUCCGUGUCCUCAAAUGUAACUUUCCGAGAAGGGGCAUUGGCUGUUCUGCCGUGUUCCGUUUCAAAUCUGGGCACCAAACAGGUAAGCCUUGUGACGUGGCAGAAAGUUGGUGAGGAUUUUUUCACAACGAUUGGUCGAUUAACGUGGGUGAAGAACGAUAACAUUAUGGUGGAACAUAUCCAGAAAACACCAGAAACAGUGUCAGACUGGAAUUUAUUAAUAAAAAAUGUCAAACCGUCAGAUGCCGGGUUGUAUGAGUGUAAGAUAACGGCAACAACCAUAUUAAAAAGAACAGUUCAGUUAAAUGUCAUAGGUCCUCCCCUCCACAAAUCAGGGAUUUCUGUACAAGGUAAAGAAUAUGUGGAGCAUGGAGAGUCUAUUGUGUUAGAAUGUAAUGCGACAGGUGGAGCUCGCAUACCCGAUGACAUUGAUUGGUUUAAAAACGGAGAUAAAAUAGAUUCACAUAAAUACAGUAAUAUAAUGGUGACAAAAUACAAAUCGCUAGAAAACAGAGCCUUCAUCAGUCAUUUAAUUAUAGACAGAAGUACGAAGGACGAUACAGGCACCUAUAUCUGUAGAAGUUCCUUGGAUGAAAUAAACAAAAAGACUGUUACUGUUUUAGUUGCCGAUUCUUCAAAUGUUAAAAGAGAACACGGAAGUAGUAAAUCAGGGUCAUCGAGGACACACAGACAUCCUGAACACAGAACCGCCAGUUCUAAUAGCUCUACCAGAGUUACUGCCAUUUUAUUGGUGUAUAUGUUAUCUAUUGUGACGUCAUCAGGAUAUUUGUACAGUGGUUCUUGAUACUAGCAAAUAGGAUCGAAGAUGUGCCUUCAAAAUAUAUAGUCAAGACGUGAUUAACCAGUGAUAGUGAGCAAGCUGAAUAUAAAUAAAUGCUGUUAACCUGUUGAUCGAGACUACAAUUAUUGUUCAUAUUUUGAACUAACCAACGAGAGUGUUUUGAGAAUGUUUAAAUGACAUCAUUAAGUUAUUUAAAUGAAAUACCGUGAAUACUGUUAAUUGUUUAUAUUUUCGCAAAUAUUGAGAACUGUACUUAUAUACCCCAAAUCUAAUAAGUUUUCAUCUGACGGUACAUAUAAGAAUAUAUAGGAGAAUAUAUGAAUAUGACGGGUUUAAUAAUAUAUGUAUGUAUAUAUAUGUAAAUACUACUUUACUAGGACAACUUGAUUUUUUGAAAAUUCAAAAAGAAUUAUUGUGUGUGUUUUUCUAUCGUUUUGUAUCGUUGGAGAUUGACAUCUGCCUGUUUGAGGUUACAUCAUUGAAUUUUCGGAAAUAUGUUUUCCUUAUAUACCAUCAACCUUAUAUGUAACAAACUAUACUGUAUGAGAAGAUAAUGGUUAUGUGUGACGCCCAAACCUAUUUGUUGUGAACAUGUUGUGAACAGUGUUACAUAUUAAUAACAUAGCUAUGGAAUGCUAGGACACAAAUGACCCACAAUAACGAAAUUAUAAAUAGUGUGCUAAGCCUUAUAGUAUGCACUGAACAAUUGGCAUUGAUAUAGGAAAUAGCACAUAUUGCUAAUUGCGAUGUUGUCAUUGCUAAACUUGAUGCACCUAACAUAAUCUGUUGCAUCAAUGUUGUAAGCAUUUCACAUUUGCUUUUUAAAAUUGGUCAUCUUUUCUGUAAUAUAUUUCGACAUAUUUUCUAUUGAUUCUCAAUUUCCAAUGUAUAACAGUGGAUCCACAAACCCAUAAUUGUUUUUAUUACGUAUUACAAUAUACUCACGCAAUAUAACAUUAUAUAAGUAAUUUUGUUGGUUUUUUUAAAGACAUAUCAACAGUUUCACAUACCUCAUCCUUGUGGAUAAAAGUGUUUAUCGUGUAACAUUCUUGAAAUUCACCAUUUUACAAGGAAUACAGUAGCAAGAAGAAACAAAGAACGUGUUAAAAUUAGCAUUUGUCAUCGAUCACAAAGCGUCAAUCUCCAGCACCCGUAUUGCAUUUUCCAAUUUAAUUAUUACUGCCAUUUCAUCACCGACAAAUUAGUUGGCCAAGAGGCUUUUUGAUAUUUUCAUUUCAAAGUUUUUAGACUAACUAGACAUUUUGUUUAAAAUUGUUUUUCCAUAUGCAAGAUGUGUUUGUAAUUCUAAACCUACAAAAUAGUUGAGUUAAAUUGCACUUAUUAAUAAAUACGACGAUUAUUAGCUACCAAUUGAAUAUAACCCUUUUUGAUUAGUAUUGUUGAUUAAUUUAUUGAGAUGUAAAUUAUAUGUCAACUAAGUGUCAUUUAGUUUGAUACUGUAAAGCGAGAAAGUAAUUGUACACAUUUUACAAUGCAUGAAAUAAUAAUGACCCCAUCCAUGGGCACUUUUAUUUUAUUGCAACACAAGCAGCUCAAGCCCGGCCGACUUCUAUUUCGCAUCACUGUGCAUUUCACAAUAAUAUAUUGUUGAUGACGAUUCUUGCUUUACAGUAUUAUGUACAUUGCCUAGUGUCAUUUUAAAUAUCAUGAGAACCUUUUGAUGGUUGUGAUUGGUCGUAUGGAGAUAAAUUGUGUUAAUUUGUAUGUUUUAUUUUGUAAAUAUGAAUAUUAUAUAUAAAGAUUUGAUGUAUUAUUAAAUAUGUAAAAUAAAAUGUCGUAGAUCCA